GCAAUCUCCACCGUCCAUUUCCCAACCAACCUAUAUUUAAACUCCUCACUCCCUCCAACUCUUCUACUCCCAUUCCUCCCGCAGCAUCUCUCCUUCUGCAGAGAGAGAUCUCGUACUACAGCAGCCAUGUCUCUAAUCGUCGAGAAGACCUCCACCGGCCGCGAGUACAAGGUCAAGGACAUGUCGCAGGCGGACUUCGGCCGCCUCGAGCUCGAUCUAGCUGAGGUCGAGAUGCCUGGUCUCAUGUCCUGCCGAACCGAAUUCGGCCCAUCUCAGCCGUUCAAGGGCGCCCGCAUCACCGGCUCCCUCCACAUGACGAUCCAGACCGCUGUUCUCAUCGAAACCCUAACCGCCCUCGGCGCUGAUGUCCGCUGGUGCUCCUGCAACAUCUUCUCCACGCAGGACCACGCUGCCGCGGCCAUCGCCCGCGACAGCGCUGCUGUUUUCGCCUGGAAGGGUGAGACUCUUCAGGAGUACUGGUGGUGCACCGAGCGGGCCCUCGACUGGGGCCCGGACGGUGGACCCGAUCUCAUCGUCGACGAUGGCGGCGAUGCGACCCUGCUGAUUCAUGAGGGGGUGAAGGCCGAGGAGGAGUUUGAGAAGUCCGGUAAGGUGCCGGAUCCGACAUCGACGGACAAUGCCGAGUUUCAGAUCGUCCUGACGAUUAUAAAGGAAGGUUUGAAGGUCGAUCCUAAGCGAUUCCAUAAGAUGAAGGAGAGAUUGGUCGGGGUUUCGGAGGAGACGACGACCGGUGUUAAGAGGCUAUAUCAGAUGCAGAUGAACGGGACGCUGCUCUUCCCUGCAAUCAAUGUCAACGAUUCCGUCACCAAGAGCAAGUUUGAUAACCUGUACGGAUGCCGCCACUCUCUUCCUGAUGGACUGAUGAGGGCCACUGAUGUCAUGAUCGCUGGCAAGGUUGCACUCGUUUGUGGUUACGGAGAUGUUGGCAAGGGCUGCGCAGCCGCCCUCAAGCAGGCAGGUGCCCGUGUCAUCGUGACAGAGAUCGAUCCCAUCUGUGCCCUCCAGGCCUUGAUGGAAGGUCUCCAGGUAUUGCCACUCGAGGAUGUCGUCUCUUUAGCUGACAUUUUUGUGACGACAACCGGGAACAAGGACAUCAUCAUGGUGGACCACAUGAGGAAGAUGAAGAACAAUGCCAUCGUGUGUAACAUUGGACACUUUGACAAUGAGAUUGACAUGCUAGGUCUAGAAAAUUACCCGGGUGUGAAGCGGAUCACAAUCAAGCCGCAGACGGACCGGUGGGUCUUCCCUGACACCAACACUGGCAUCAUCGUUCUUGCCGAGGGACGCCUCAUGAACCUUGGGUGUGCCACUGGGCACCCCAGCUUUGUCAUGUCCUGCUCCUUCACCAAUCAGGUGAUUGCACAAAUCGAAUUGUGGAAGGAGAAGGGGACAGGCAAAUACGAGAAGAAGGUUUAUGUGCUGCCGAAGCAUCUGGAUGAGAAGGUGGCAGCACUUCACCUUGGCAAGCUUGGUGCCAAGCUAACCAAGCUCACGCCCGAUCAGGCGGAGUACAUCAGUGUACCCGUCGAGGGCCCUUACAAGCCUGCUCACUACAGGUACUAGGAAGAAAAAGACAAAUGGUGAUUUUGUUUUCUGUUUCCGAUUUCAGUUCGUUUUCCUUUUUCAAAUGAAGUUUAUUUUGGGAGAGUUUUGAUUUGAUGACAACCGUCCGACCAACGGGGAGCUGGGGAAAGCGGCUUUUUCAAUAAGAUUAGAAGGGAUUGGGGAAGGGGGAGUGAUAUUGUAAUCAGGUGAUGCUUGGGUUUGGAGCUGCAUCUCAGCAUAGCAAGAAUUGUGGUAUUAGAACCGGUUGGGGGAGUUCAAUUUGAAAUUAUCCUUGUAAUCUCUUAUCCCAUCAGCGUUUUUAUUACAAUUAUCUUUUUUU